CAAAGAGGUGUAUCAGCCCAAUGGCGAGCUUCGGAGACAUCCUGCUGGGCUGCCCGCCCGUGGCCGCCAUCAUCUUUGGCUACCAAGAGGGCAUCACCGAAGACGCUUUGCCGUACUUUGACCACUUCCACGAGCACGUGCUCUACGCUACACCCGAUGGUCACCAUGAGGCCGUCUUUAUGUUCCUCAACGAGUCCGGCGGCGUCGAGCGCCUCCAGCCCGCCGAAUUGGCCUUGCUCGAGCAGCGCGACAGCCGCUUUCCACUGCACUUGGUCAUCUACAACGGCGAUUUAGAGGCCACGCAGCGCCUUGUACGCGGUGCCCCGUCCAUCGUCUCGGUCGACGCGAUCCACUGCGCCUUCCACCGCGGCCGCACAGCGAUCGCAAAGUACCUUCUCGACGUCCGCGCGCGCUCGCCCACACUCUUUGAGUCGCCAUCGUCGUCAGCCACAACGCUAGACCAAGCGCAGCGCAGAGUUCUCUGCCGCUACGACGACGUGGAGCUUCUCAAGCUCUUUGACGCGUUCGCGUCACCAACGUGGUCGCGCGACAACUGCGUGAUGGUCUUCAAGCAUCGCCGCGCACACGUCGCCGAGUACUUGUACAAGCACCACGAAGCCAGCUGGGCGACGCUCGAUGUGUGUACGUUGGCGAGCGAGUGUGGCCUCACGGGCAUCUUGCGGCUUCUCGCUGCACGCGGGGCUCUCACGCCAAGGGCCAUUGACAUUGCGACUCAGUAUGGGCGCGCUGACGCAGUGGCCUUCUUGCGCACCGAGUGUGGCCAAGAUGUCUCGAAUGACGUGUGGGUCAAAGUGGCGAACAGUGGGCUCGUCCGAGUGCUGGAGCUCUUGCCAGUACCUGCGGACGACGAGAUCGUGACGGCCGCCGCCAAGUACGCCGCUGCAAACGGCCAGCUCAACGUGCUUGGGUUCCUUACGUCCAACUCGGCUGUCUCGCUGAGUGGCGCCGUCCGCGCGGCGGUGGCAGCCCACCGCGCCAACGUCGUUGACUUUGUGCUCGCGCUCGAUCCGACUGUCGACGUCGGGUUCGCCCCCACCCACCCAACCUUCUUGACGUGUCUCUUGAUCGCCGCCCAGCAAGGGCGUCAUCGCGUCCUCGAGAUCCUCUUCGAGCGGAAGGCAUUCACGCCGACACGGGCGAUCGUCGACGCCGCCGCGUCAUCCGGCAGUGUCGAGCUCGUCACAUGGCUGUGCACGGUGACCGCCGACAUCGUCACGCAGACCCCGAGCGCGCUCGCGUUGGCCGUCGCCUUGGGGCAUAUCGACGUCGCCGACGUCUUGAUGGCCCACGGGCUUGUACUCGACGCCGGCACCGAGAUCGCCGGCUUGCACGUUUCCAAAUUGGACGCAGUGCUGGCUUUUGCGACCGAGCACCGACUGCCGAUUGCCAUCAAUUGUCUGCACAUGGCGUGUGCCAAGGGUCUUGUCGACGUCGUCGCACGCCUUCUUCCGCUCUUUUCGCCGGCGACGGCGGCGUCCAUGGUGGACGUUGCGUUUGGCUGCAGCCGCCCGGACGUUCUCCGGCUCUUGGCGCAGCAUGGUGCGCCGAUCACGCCCGAGAUGCUCCUCCGGGCACUCGAAUGCGAUGCGUGGGCCUCGUUCCACGUUCUGUGCGACCUUUGCCCUGUCACGGACGCCGUACUGGCACGCGCGGUGCGACUCGCGACCGAUGACGUGGCGCGACUCCAGUACGUCGAGUACUGCCUGCCAUUACACCCCCCAAGCGUCGUUCGAGACCUCGUGCGCUCGUGCCCAACUCUUCACGUGCAGCUUCUCGCGACCCUCUUGCCAGCUUGCAUGCACCCCAAUGAGCCUCUGGACAACUUGAAGUUCCUCAUCGAGUUGAGCGACGCGGCGUGCAAAGCCUCGAACGCCACGUUUCGGCGACUGCUGUCAUUCAUUGCGAUCGAAGCCGACCGCGCAACGUGCCCGCUACCGGCAUCGAUCUGUGUGACGGCGCGCGGGGAACUCUCAGCGACGCAAACAGCGCUCGAGGCGUGGUGCCCCACGGUAGCUCCGGCAUGUAGUAGUGGCUGACAACCUCAUCGAAAUAUUUGGUUUCAUCAACAUCUCAC